UACGAGGGUUAUCGAAACUUAAAAGCGGAAGGGAAAAAGACGGAGCCUCCUCUUUCUCGUUCUCGCCCUCACUUCGUUUCGGAUUAAGAUCUGAAAACCCUAAUUGAUUUGACGAGGAAUCUCCCAGUUUCGGGGGCCAUGAUCUCCGCAAGCAAGCUCAAGUCCGUAGAUUUCUACAGGAAAAUACCUCGAGAUUUGACUGAGGCAUCACUUUCAGGUGCAGGAUUAUCUAUCAUAGCAGCAUUCGCCAUGAUGUUUUUGUUUGGAAUGGAGUUGAACAACUAUUUGACAGUGAGCACAUUGACAUCUAUAAUUGUUGAUAGGAGUUCGGAUGGGGAGUUCUUGCGCAUUGAUUUUAACAUAAGUUUCCCGGCAUUAUCAUGUGAAUUUGCAUCAGUUGAUGUGAGUGAUGUACUUGGAACUAACAGGUUAAAUAUUACAAAAACAGUUCGAAAGUUUUCGAUAGAUCUGAAUCUAAUUCCAACCGGAUCCGAGUUUCACUCUGGACCGAUUCCAAAAGUUAGUAAACAUGGAGAUGAUUCUGAAGAAGAAUACCUUGAUGGUUCAGAUUAUUUGACUGCUGAGAAUUUUGAGAAAUAUGCACAUCGGUAUUCGAUCCUAGUUGUUAAUUUCUUUGCAUCAUGGUGUUAUUGGAGCAAUCGCUUGAAACCAUCAUGGGAGAGAGCAGCUAAAAUAAUAAAGGAGAGAUAUGAUCCCGAAAUCGAUGGACGGAUUUUGUUGGGAAAAGUUGAUUGCACUCGAGAAGGAGAACUAUGCAGAAGGCAUCAUAUUCAAGGCUACCCAUCUAUUCGGAUUUUCAGGAAAGGAAGUGAUGUAAAGGAAAACCACGGACACGAUGAACAUGAAUCUUAUUAUGGAGAGCGUGACACAGAUAGUUUAGUAGCGGCAAUGGAAACUCUUGUUGCUCCCAUUCCAAGAUACUCUAGUAAUAUGGCAUUGGCUGAUGAGUCAAAUCACUCUGUGGAGACAGCAAAACGUCCUGCACCAUUGACUAGUGGAUGUAGAAUAGAAGGAUUUGUACGUGUUAAGAAGGUUCCUGGCACUCUUGUCAUCUCAGCUCACUCUGGAUCACACUCCUUCGAUCCAUCUCAGAUAAAUGUCUCGCAUGUUAUUUCACAAUUUUCUUUUGGUAAAAAGCUCUCGCAGAGGAUGCUGUUUGAAGUGAAGAGACUAACACCAUAUCUUGGCGGAAGUCAUGAUCGGUUGAUGGGCCGAUCAUAUAUUAUUAAUCAUGACCAUGCUAAUGCAAAUGUUACUAUUGAGCAUUAUCUCCAAGUUGUAAAGACUGAAAUAGUGUCGAGAGGAUCUUCUCAGGAACUCAAAUUGCUCGAGGAGUAUGAGUACACAGCCCACAGUAGUUUGGUGCACAGUCUAUACAUUCCUGUAGCCAAAUUCCAUUUUGAGCCUUCUCCCAUGCAGGUUUUGGUAACUGAAGUCCCGAAAUCCUUCUCUCACUUCGUCACCAAUGUUUGUGCCAUCAUUGGAGGUGUAUUCACGGUUGCAGGAAUACUGGACUCCAUUUUGCACACCACUUUACGCCUUGUGAAAAAGAUUGAUUUAGGCAAACAAUUUUGACAUAGAAGAAUGAAAUCAAGCGCUCAAUUUUUUGCCGAUCCCAUUAGGAAUCAUGAUCAUGCGUUUCUUGGUGAAGUUUUCAGCAAAUGCAGCAAUGGCCAUUGUAUUCCUAAUUUAUUAUGAUUUCUGCUGUGGAAGACAUUUCUUCCUGAGCUUUCGCCCUAAGACCGCCGAGGCAUAAUUUGUUCCAUGUCAAGUUAGUAAAUGAAAUGACAGGAAAGAGCUCCUUAGCAUCUUUUGGGUUAUUGAAGUGUUCUUACAAACCGCAAAGAAAUGACUGCGUCCCAUUUCAUUUCGUUUGGUUUGGACCCCCA